AUUUCUGGAAGGAAAAAAAAACGUCAGGAAUCACAUGGCAAUAUGAGAACAAGAUACAAUACGUGUGACAUUAGUUUGGGAAAGGCCAGCUCAUCUUCCUCCCUCCUGACCUGCGCGUGUGUGUGUGGGUUUGUAUGAAAGUAGGCUAGGGGGAUGUUUGAUUUCACAACGUGUUUACUUGGUGUAAGAUACAAUUCUCAGUCAUCGUAUCAGGCUCCUUUCUGAAAAUAUUAUUGCAUCACCGGUGUUUGCAACUUGAAUCCUGAGCGUCUGGGAACUAUUGAGGGGGUCACAGCUGUUCAACUUCAAACAGACGUCUAUCAUAAAAACUAUGAAGCUUAAACAUUUCCUAUACAAAAGAGCUUGUCUACAUGUUGGAAGCUGGCCGGAUUCUGAGGUCAAGGAAAAGUUCGACACCAAUCUCAUCAAAGCACAGCAGCAAAGAUUAAGAAAAUACCAAUAACAACUACCAUUUACGGUAUUAUUUAAUGUGACUAUCAUUUAGUGGUCCCCUGCCCUUGUUAAAGAGAAAAAUAAGUAAUAGAAGGGAAAACAUGAUUGAUCCCUCAAAGGAAAUUACUUGACUUUGAAGAUCUAAGCUUAAGGUCACUGUGACAUGGGACCAAUCUAUCUUUGUGAUCCCAAAAACGUUAAUUUGCCACUGGGGACGAACUGAUUCAAAUUUUGGGUCGCUGUGACAUCACAAUAGAUGUGUCCAGCCUCAACUCAAGCAGUUAUUAACUAAUUAUGAUAAUUUAACACAAAUGUCUAACGGGAUAAACCCAUAUAGGACGCCGUGGUUGCUCUGAAAAGCUCCCUGAUCCACCGGUGUGCAAUGCCGAGGUACCACAGGUCCUUCCUUCCUGCUGUUGUCAGAUUUCGCAACAGCUCUACUCUCAGUGGCCCACAAAACACUUGUGUACGUGUAUUAAAAACACACUGCAUAUUAAAAACACACUGCAGUAACAGUUUGUAUUCAUAGUAGUUGUUUUUACUGCUGUCUCUUGUUUGAAAUUGAACUACGCUGCCGUAAAUCCUGUAAAUUUCCCUGCUGCGGGACUGAUAAAGGGUUAUCUUAUCUUAAAAUGAUGAAAAAAGUGUUGACCUUUUAAAAAGAUAUGGUUAGAAACUGCAACAGCUUAUUUUUACACAUGGACCGAAAAUAAACACAUACACGUAAACAGUACCUAUAGACAUGCAAUCAUUAAUGCAUUAGGAGAUGUCCCGGUGAGGAGACUCAUAGGAUGGGGUCUUUGGCUGUUAGGGGUUCGGUGCCUCGCUGAAGAUUGAGACCAUGAGGCGAACCGAGGAACCUCUCAAGCUACCAAUGCAAACUCACCACUUGGUGCAAGCUGCACUCUCGACCUUCCGGUUCAGAGGCCAAGUCCCAACGGAGUGUGCUAAUACAGCCCAAGGAAGAACAGAUCUGGUUGUUCCUUGUAAUGAAGAAUGAUCCCAACCCACCCAACCCCUUUUUUUGUGGGAAUUCCUAGAUUCACGAUGAAGAAAAGAUCAUCACCCAUUUAUUUACUAACAGAAGAGAAAACAUUUGAAAGUCACUCUUUUUAAUUGUCUUGUGACCCCAUGUACAGUACAGUAUUUGUUUGACACCAACAAAAAGCAAAACCCCGGUGCAGCAUAUCCGUCUGAAUGGCUGGAUAACUUGUCUGUGCUCCAAUAAACUCACCCGCGUAACGGGUUGACCUACCUGUUUGCUCUGCAGAGUCUGCUCCAUCUCCUCUCACGCUCAUCAGCAGGCACUCUGAAACACAUUGUGUACGGUGUGAAAUAUAUUCAGGUCACAAAAACCGUCUGUUCACAAAGACAGGAAGCAGAUACCGCUACCACAGGGGGGUUUACAUCAGAUAAAGUGGAGCUCAGUGUCAGUCUUCUGCACAGUACAAAGGGUUGCUCAGUAAGUCGGUGGCGAAGUGAAGCUUCCCUGCACACGUUGUAUUCUACAGCACUUCUUGUUGCUGGAACAAUGGAAUGGGCUUUAUUAGCAGUCAUCACCGUCUUCUGGAUACACGUGUUUUUAUAAACCUAUCAGGUACUUUUGGUGUUUAAAUCGUCAGUUGUUUUGUGUCAAUUCACAACAGUUAUUUUUAAUGAUGGAGAAUCAGCGUCAUUAUCUUGCUCGAGGACACCUUAGCAGUGGUCAUUGUUCUCAGGUUUUCCCCACUCAAGAUAUGAGCCACCAGGGAGGUUAACCUCUGACCUCUGGUUCCUGACUGUACUGUGCUACCUGUGCACACUGUUUUCAAUAUGCUCUAAGUGCAGGAAGUAAUUAAAUAAUAACGGUGAAGUGUGGAGUCAUUCACAGAAUUUAUCAUCACAGAUGAAGGCUUAUAUUACAUGCGCACUAAAAGCUAAAUGCGUACUAGUGAGUCCAAAAGCUUAGUGUAGACCAAGUUUAGCCUUAGACUUGUUCCUACUGCUUGUCAGAAUUAUAUGGUUAUUUCACCAUUUAUAUUUAAAACACAAGCAAUUUAAAACUCAAGGGAAGGAACAAAAAGGAGCAAUAUAAACAUUUUAUAAAGAACUAAAUACUUUUACCCUUUAAGAUUUCAUUUCACACAAUUCAUUCUGAGAUAUGAAGUGGCUGCUUUUACCUCACAUGUUUUAGCGUAUUUAGAGUAAAAAUUUCUAUUGUAGUAAAUGAAAUCCAAGGGACAGCAAGUGGCUAUGUCAAAUUUUACAGCCAGCAGUCACAUUCCUCUGACCUGUUGUUUCUCUGUGUGAAAUAUUUAAUGUCAAUAUUGCCAAUCAACAAAUGGCCUUUUUUCGUCCUCUUUCUGUCAGCAUGUUGAAGGAUUCGAUUUUCUUGUGGGGUGCAGACGCAUGCAUUACCCACUUGAAGAUCUGUACAAGAACCGGCACCUCCUAUGAAGGUCAUAAACUGGAGUUCAAAGGGUUGUCUGUUUCAGGGAUUGAACCUGCGACCAGUCAAGCGACAUCUAUGUGCUAUAUAUCAGUAUGUGCUGAAUUCAGUUUAGCGCACCCGGAGUGUUGGGAGAGAUAACGUUUUCAGUGAACAGAGCGCAACCUCUUAUGUAAUGUGUCAUGUCCAGCGUGUGGAGGGCAUGGACAGUCUGGCAGCUCUCUGCGGCUUCAAAUCAAAGCCAAAGUCAAGACACAUAUGCAACUUUUCCAGAAAGACACAACUAUUGAAUUCAUUCAUUAAAGGCUUGGAGCAUUAACAUAAACAAUGAACUGGAAAUGUAAUGUAAGUCGCUUUGGAUAAAAGCGUCAGCUAAAUGACCUGUAAUGUAAAUGUAAUGAGACAAACGGGUGAAUGAAUUAUUCAAGUUUUAAUGGACCUUCAUAUUUUGCAUUUUACUAAUUAUUUUACCACUGAGGAAUUAGCCACCAAACUGCAGAUGGCCGACUUCACUAUACCUUUGUCACUUCAGGUGUCAAUAUAAGGAGAAACUUUCGCAGUUUGAAAAUGGGGUUCACCCCCACCCCCCCGAAAAUAACAUAAUAUCAUUUUUUGUUUCAUGAGAUCGAUAAGAGAAAUUUACUGAAGAGCUUUCACACCUAUAAAUGCUGUAUACAACUUGAUUUGGGAAACUCAUGGCAUCUUAGCUAGCUAACUUCAGCAGUAGUUUAGCUUGUUUGUCUUCUAUUUGUUUUUUAGCUACUACUCACUGAGAUUAGACAAAACAGUCAAUCAUGAAUGUUCCCAUUUUUGGAGGUAAUAAAGUUAUUAAAUUUUCCUGGCUUUAGCUAAGGUCAGCCUUGAAUGUACCCACAGGCUAAAGUGUUUUGGCUAAACAGUUGGCCGUACCACUGUAGUAGAGAACAGUUGUGCAAGUAAGAUACAUAAACCAGAGUGUAGUCACUGAAGUUUGACACCCAAGUCAUAUAUUUCAUUGGCACAAUAAUUUACAUACAAGUCAGAAUUGGGUCUUAAUAACUAAAAGAAAAGUUUCAGAUGAGUUUGACAAUUACUAUCAACCGUAAGAUGGCCAUGCUGACAUUUAUUGGUCUUCGUACCAUCGUCAUUGGAAAAAGACAAUAAACUCACACGUCAUCUCAAGAUUCUACACAGCAUGCUUCAUACAAUCUCAUGAUUACAUCAGUACGAGUAAGAAAAGUAAUUAGUACAAGGUGUGUAUCUUACUCACCAGCAAUGAGGAGAGCCCUGAGGACUGCUGGUAAACCCCCACACGUCUCAAGUGCUCUCAUCUCUCCUGGCGUUUCUGCUCAGCUCACAGGCUUUUUGAAGAAGUGUGCUGUUUUUUUAUCAUAUAUAAUGACGAGCAGUUUCCUGAGCGUGUGGUUUUAACAGAUUUGCUGAUGAAAAGAUUGAGUUUUUUUCAGCUGCUGUAAUGCAAAGCCCCUCAAAUUAUUGGGGUGGCUUUUAGCCAGUUUCAACAUUGAUUGAUAAGAAUUCUCCCUACAAUCUAAAACUUUAUAUGCAAAGCAUCCAUAAACACGUAAUGGAUUCCCUUAAGUGUCUACAGCAUAGAUUGUUCGAUGUAGGUAACAGAUGUUUGGAUAGAAAUAAUUGUGGGCCAUAUGUUUCCAAGCUAGUGAGACUUAUGACAGGCAAUACAUUGUAAUGAGCCUUUUGAUCGUGUUGCAGGCAGGUGGUUUUCCACUGAAUGUUUAACAUCUCCACUUCUUUAUGCAACAACGAUGUUGCUGCAUUCACAGCGUCCACAUGCUCACCUUUGAUAGGCCUGUAGUAUCAGACCUCGGGAGAAUCAAGGCACAAGGCAAAAAGCGACUAGGUAUGUGAUAAAGUCAAGAAACAAUAAUAAAUGUCAAAUAGUCAAGAAACAAUAAUAAAUGUCAAAUUCAACAGGUCCACCACAACACAUGUGUGUUAUGAUAUAUAUUACAUUAACAUGUAUUAAUGUACAUAUAAUGUCGGUAUAUCCAAAGCCAAAUCAAACUGAAGGAGUGGUCAUUGCUUAUGAAUGAGAACAUAAAAUGCUCUACUUUUUGUAAUGCAUUGUAAUACACUGUUUUAAUGAUUGCUCUAAUUAAAAAAAACAGAUCAAUAAUAAGGUAGAUAAUAUAGCACAUUCUGUAGUCCAAAUGUGUGCUUGGUAAUUUUCUUAAACUACAGUAAGGAAAAUAUAGUAAUAUAGCAUCACCCUAAAAGGUGGUACAGAUCUUUCCCGGAUAUUUUAAGUUUACAGUUUAUGCAAUUCUGAUUUACAAUCACUUAUCGUUAAAAGUUAGAUUCUGGUCAGAAUUUUGCUUCAAUUAGUAAUCGAGUAUUAUAGCAUGAGUGUGCUGUUCUCGCUGGGCCAGCUGGCAGAAUCAUUGGGGGGAAUUUGCUGUCAGAGGGUUGGGAGCAAAAAGAGAAAGGUGAGAAUAAGGCCAGAGGAGGAGGGAGCAGGCUCAUAAUAUGAUAUUCCCACACAAGUCUGUUCCCCCAAAAUAAUGCAGGUAAUUUUUCCCUUUUCUGAAAGUCAACACCCAACAUUAUUUACAGGUUCAAACAUGCUUUACAAUUCAAGAAGGACACAUUAAAUGGGAAUUGUUUGAAUGUUUAAAUCUGUUCAAUAUCAGGAGAGAACAAUUUUAAAUGAGCUUUUAAACACAUUUUGUGUACUUCAACUGACAUUCAAUAAUCUAAAUAACCUAAAAAUAAUUGCCAAUCUUGUAGAAGAUUGUAUGUGAAAUACUUGUGGAAGGUUACCAAGUGUGAGAGGCUAUUACCUUAAUACAACAUGACAGAAAUAGCGUAAAUAUGGCACCUUGAAGGAGGACAGCCACACACUGUGGAUGCCGGGGCCAUGGAGUUGUUGUUGGAGCAACUUAGAUUGUGAUUUCAUGCUGUCAAAUGUAAUUUUGUGGCUAAUACUCUAUUGAACAGGUCAUGGUGAUGCUAUAUACAGCCUAUGCAUAAUGUUCUCUAAAGGCAUAUACUGCAAGUUGCCAUACAGUCAUACAGUGUUCAUUAUAUACAAGCUAAUGCUUCACAUUUGACCUCAUCCGUUGACUUCCUCUGACUCACGGUGGCUUACAGGUCAACAUAUCUGCCCCCUACAUUGUCGAUUAAUCUCACAGCAACAGCUGCAUUGGUCCUAAAACUAGACUACCCAGUCCAACACUUUCAUGUUGUCAACACAGCCUUGUAAUCAAAAUGAAUUAGCACAGCUUGCUAAAGUCAGCAGACAAACAGCGACAUCCAGCAACCAAUCUCCACCCCAGGGACUGUCGGCGUCAGUUGUGUGAUGUAAGGGGCUAUAUCAGAAAUCUUUGUUUGUUUCCCUGGGUGGCAGAAGACAGAUGAGUCACAAGUGAAAUGUUGGCCUUUGGUAAAUACAUCUAGCCUGUCUGUAUAGUCCCAACAGAGACUCAAAUUAUUGACGCCUCAUCUCCAUUGACACAAAGGACCUGUCAUCUUUCCCAAACUGUCUGAAGAGUGAAGAAAGUGGUGUUCUCAUUGGUCGGUUACAAAAAUAACCAAUGACCAGCGUUGAUUUCAUCCAGCUGGCCUUCCUUGCCCUGCCACUCGACACCCUCUGGUUAUUCCGAUGUGAGUUAGCUAGCUGCACCCUGUGUUGCUGCUCAGUUUGGCCACACAGACUAGUGCGUCUAUUUUGGUAUCCUUUGAGUUUGCUCUUAGAACAUUGGCCACAGCAGUGUUCGAAUAUGGAACUAAGGGCUUGAGAUUUUUGGCAGGUUGCAGCAGAUUUUGCAUUGGAUUUUUUACGGAUGAUUUGUUUUAGCUACCACCGUUAACAUUGGAGGGUCAGCAUGAAAGACACAUCACCAAGGAAGUUCCCACAUCCCAAAUCCCUUAUGUCGUGCUGAGCUGGACAAAAAGGGUUGUACAAAGUUGCAGCAGCUGUAAAGGAUGCAAGAGAGGUGAUGCACGAGACUGAAAGAAGUUUGUUGACAUCAUGAGCUGCGUGGAAAAGCGACACAUGAGCUAUCGGGUGGGAGGCAUGGUCCACCAUCGCUUCCCCAACGGCUUCACCGACUUGUUCAUGGAUGAGACAGACCGAGAGGUCAGCAUUCUUACCGACAGAGCCUUCCGAAGUCUCUGCGUUGGGGAUGAAGCUGUUUACAAUGACGAGUUGUUGUACGGAUACUCACCUUUCAGCUGCCACAAACCUUUGGUGGAGGAGCCUCUUAAAAAGACUCAUCACAAGGAAUCUAAAAAGCAACGGCAAGACAAAUCUGACAAAAACUAUGCCCAGCCGUGGAAACAACAGGAACAGAAAAAUGUGUCCCACAAGUCGUCUUUCCUCAAGUCAUUAAGUGCUACGGAGGAAAGCCGCGAGGGGAUGUUGAUCGCAAAUGGGGGUAUGACAGACUCUAACGGGGAAUCAUGGGAUAAGUCUGCACUUCGCAGCAUCCAAAGAGAGCUAUCGGAAUUCUCCCCGGAUUAUCACUCCAAUGUCACAGGUGGAUAUUACGAGGAACAUCAUCAACAUGAAUCUGGUAAUGGUUCAUUUAGCAAAACAGGCAAAGAUGCUGCCAUUGUCUCUGGGAAAUCCCUAAAGAGCAAACAUGGGAAAUCCACUAUCAAAUUAACAAAACUUAUCAUCAAAAACUAUUUCCUCCACAGUGAGUUUAGUCCUUUCCAAACAUGGGGAGUCGUUAACCGGUUUCCCCUUGAUCGAGAAGACUCCUCUAGUCUUCCCACAGAUAGUAUACCUAAAUGGUAUGACUUGCCUUUUUACAAGGAGCUUACGGAGGAACACAGAAAAGAGAAUCUGCAUAAAGAGGAGGUGCAGUCUCGCCAGAAAGCAACCGUUGAGCCACCUCCACCCACUGCUCCUAAACCCAUCCCUGAUCCGCCUAAGGUCUUGCCAAAGCCCUCAGCUACUCUGGCUGAGAAGAGAUGCUCAUCAGAAAGAGGGGAUGGGAGUGCUGCCCCCUGGAGGCGCAACAGGUCCAGGGCAAAAAGUGUGAUUCCAGUCAAUCAACCUGGGAUACCAGCUCAGGAAAACAGUUCAAAAACAGUAUAUGAGAGUCUUUGGUUAGUCAAAAAGGAGCCUAGAUCUGUGGAGGUCACAGCAGUUGAGGAAGUAAGCUCUUUAGCUUCAACUCCGUUCAGCAUCUGCCAGCUGAUGACUCCCAUCAUUCCCACCAGACAGCCAACGGAAACAUCGGAAAUUCUCCUAACUGUGCUCUCGCCCUCCUGCCUUGACCCUCCGCUGAGACCACACUCUGAAGCCAAACUCACCCCCGAGCCUGCAGUCAAGCGGGACAGCUACAAAUCCCUCGCCUCUAGCAUCCUCUUCAACCUCAAAGACAACAGGAAAAGGGUGAAAAGCCAUUACAGCCCUCCGAAAUUCAAAACAUUGGAAGUGCUUAACAGUGGUACCCAGUCUCCCCAAUCAGAUCAUCUGAAAUAUUCACAAGCUGUCACAGAAGGCUAUGCAUCUGGCUUAAGCACUCCUGCCAUUUUCACAGACAGACAGAGAGUGUGCUCUCCAGUUUUGGAAUUGAUUAACACCCCAACUGGUGGUCAUACCAAACAUGAUAGUGAUAGAUCUCUUUCAGAUGAUUAUUUGUUAUCAAAUCUACUGCAAACUAGCAAGGCUGCAGGUAGUCUUGUUGAGGAGAGUCCCAUAUCCCCCUUAAGACACUCAAAAAAAGACAACAGUGCAAGGGCUAGAAAGCAAAACUACCCAUCUCUGAAUUUGUAUAAGAAAGCAAGCCCUGUUGACAGUGAUAUGAAACAUUUACCAGCCCCUCAGGGAACUGGUGCUCCUAAACGCAUAGACGAACCAACUGAGGCGAAUAAACGUUUACCACACACGCUAAACAAAGACCUCUCUCAAAAAGCACUGCCCACAAACACAGAGUUUUCACCAAAUUUUUUAAAUGUCAAAGAAGAUUGUUUGCUCCUAAUUCAACCUGAUGUAUAUGAAAACGAUGGGUUUUCCUUAAAUGUAUCACUUGAGAAGAGAGCACUCAAUAAACCAGAAAAAUUUAAACGAUCUGCAAAAGACUUUACAGAAACAGACGUAAGCUUGAAGGGAAAAUAUGCUAGUUGCCAACCUAUGACUACGAUGUAUGUGAUCAAAGCCGCCAGGGAAGCAAUUAACGCAGCCAAAAAUAAAGCUAUAUCAACAGCUCAGUCAAAUACCACAAAUAAACCCAUUUCAGACCAAGAAGAAGUAAAUGAAAGCGAAGUGUGCAAGAGUUCAACACCAGAAAACAACAGUAUUUUAUCCCAGCAUAGAAAAGUAACAGAACUGGAUGGCAAAAGGGGUGAUUUCAAGAAAGUUCCCCCACCAGUUCCGAAGAGAAAUUUCGCUAAAUCUGAUAUUCUCCUCUGUCACAACAAAGAGCAAACAAAGAAUGUUGACAAGCUGACUAAUGGGGGCUUAAAGAAUGCAAAUUUAAAUUUAAUUGAAGAUGAAUUUGACCAGAAACAGGGCAAACUCAAACAUAGGUUUUCUGCCAGACAGAACAAUUACAUUAAAAAUCAGAGAUACGCAGGGUCAGAUGAACAAGGGGAGGAGUUUGAGGAAGGGGAUCCGAAAGUGAACCCAAUAAUGGAGAUGGGUGAAGAGACAAGGCCACACAGAGAAAUGAAAGAUAGCGAGCAUAUAAUUAAUGACCUGAAUGCUCUGAAAGAGCUGCAGAGAGCGAGACUUGGCGAUCGUGUUGUCGAGAACACAAAGAACAAAUUAAGUGUUAUUAACAUAGAUGAAGAGGCUAGGGCUAAGAAUGAUUUGAUCUCAAGGGAGCUAAAGAAUAUUAAAAAGGGUAUGCUGUCUAUUAGAGGGAACACAGCAUCUAAAAGAGAACUAUUUGCACAGAAAGAGAAGGAUCAGAGCAAGCAAGAGACUUUUGCAAAGAUUGACAGCAACGUCAUAGUAAACAAAGCCCUUAUAAAUGACAAUUAUGACAGAGCAAAAAUGGCACUUGAAGAGAUCAUCUCAGACAGGCAGCAAAGAAAGAAUAAAUUUACCGAACAGGAAAUGUUUGAUGAGAAUGCUCGUGAAAGGUGUCUAACAAGAGCAGAGCAAAGUAAAAACGCCAUGAAAGGUUCUCUGACAGAAGCCAAGGAAAAACAAAAUUCCAGCUUUAUCGCACCAAAAGAGAAAGAUUUUAAAGAGAGGUUAGGUGAUCUGAGAGACCACAAUAACAUAAGACAGAUCCUGUCUCAAAGUGAACCUAGACUAAGUGAGACUCACAGAUCUGGGAGUAGGUUAACGUUCCCUGACAUUGAAAAAACGUGUGAUCCGAGCUAUGAAUCAGGAGAGAUGACUAUCAGGUAUACAGAGAGCCAGAUAUCUGAAGAAAAGCUGGAGAAUGGAAUGGAAGACAAGAAGGGCAAUGCUCCUCUUGUUCCUCCUAGGAGCAAAAGGAGAGGAAGUAUUUUAAAUAGAAGUGUUACUACAGAGACAGAUAGUUUGAGAGAUCUAGUAGAAGAGGAUAUCUUUAACAUAGAUGUAAAACAUGAAAAGGCUGAGGUAGGCUUAACAGAGAUAUGGGAUACAGUUGCAGAACAAUAUGUAAAUAGUGACCUUUCCAUCAGAGAGGCCUGUCAAAGUGAACCAAAUCAUUUUAAAGAAAGGUGGGAUGUGGUAAACAAUGCCAAUUCAAAAUCCACCAUGAUAACUGAUCCAAUUAAAUGUGAGCCUGUGUUACAUUCAAAAGACCCACAAUCUGAAAAUAAAUUGUGUAUAUCACCAGAGAUUAUAGGAAAUGAAAACAAGGCAAAUAACUUGCAUGCAGAUAUGAGGCCCACAAAAGCUACGAACAGCAUUGCCUGGGCACAGGAAACACCAAAGGUCAAACAGAAGGCUCCUUUAAAACCAGAUAAUUUAAACAGACCUUCGGUAACUAAUCUUUUAGGGGCAGAAGAACCUGACAAAUUGAAUAGCGCUUCAAUACAUGCAGAUGAAGAGGAAAUCCCUAGACAUAUAACAUCACCCUUACUCCAGGUUAAUGGUAUCAGCGUCACUCAGAGCCCACCAGAUCAAGCCAGCUUGUCUUCAAAAUCUUCCUACUUCUCUGUGGAGAAUGCACUGCACAAAAAUACAGAGACAGAGUCAAAUGUUUACCACUCUCUGGAGAACUUGAUUGGAGAUUUGGAGGAGGUUGAUGAAGAGACGCAAAAUAUUUUGCAAAACACAAAACAGGUUUUGGACGGAAUGGAAAAUUAUUCUUUGAGUGAUCAUGAAAGCGAGCCAGAGGUUUUAAAGCAUCUUAUAAAAUCCCCUCAAAAAGACACUGAAGUACCAAACAUGGACAACAAAGACAAUACCAGCAAAGAUCAAACAUUAGCGCAUGAUGAAGAAAAUCAGACACCAAUGUCGCACUCCAAUAUUUUUUCACCAACUUUGGGGAUCCCUGCCUUAUUUAAAGUCAAAGAUAACACUUUCAGUAACAACUUGAAGUUGAAGACUAUACAACCGUGGUCACCAAGAGGUAGUGUUUCAGAAUGGGGAGAGGAGGUACAUCAAGUAAUAGACAAUGCAGAGCUUCCUCUGGCUCAUGAACCCACCACCAGAGGUAGCCCAGCAAUCCCAGAUGAAAUAUUCUCACCCAAAGAAAGUGCUUCGAACAGUUCACCUCCACUGCUGCAGUCUCCUUCACAUCUGCAAAGUGAAAACCCAAAGAAACCACAAUCUGGAGGGUUCCUUGCUGUCCCACGGGAGGAAGACAGAUCGUCUGGGCUGAGUCCAGCAUCUGAAGGAGUAGAGAGCUUAACAGCCAGCACAGCUGACACUACUGACGAGAUGGGAACACAUACUGGGAUUUCGAAGGUUCCCAGCGAACGGCCCGGGUCCACCUGCAGUGGUAAUGAAAGCCAAACAGGCCUGCCUAAACCACCAGUGGUCUUACCGAAAUCAGAAAAGGCGGUUCUCAAAGCUGUUAAGUUGGCAAACAGAAGGAUAAAGAAGGAGGAGGCUCAGAAGUCGUCCCAAAAGUCGUCUCAUAGUGGCAGCAAACACCGAGUCGAGAGACCCAAUAGUGACAAACCUGAGCACAGAAACAGCAGCAGUAAAAAUAACAAGCGCAGUGAGAGAAAUCACAGAGAAAAGUCUGAAGAUCAUCGUCACAGUGAAAGUCACCAAAGCAAAAACAGUGAUGACCAGCGGGAGAAAAUACCCUCUGAAAGAAGCAGCCACAACCUUGAAAGCCACACGAGUGAAAGCCACCAACAUGACCAAACAGAUGGGUGCCACAGGCCUCGACAACAGGGCCAUGGUUCUGUGGAGAGCAAUAACCAAAAUAAUGAAGCACUGCCCAGUGUUAGAACAGAGAGGCAAGGGCGCAGCAGCAGACGAGACAAGCGAGAGCACAGACACUACAGUAGUGACAGGCUCAUCAGCAAGGUACCUGUGUACAAAGCUCAUCUCAGCGAUAGACCCUCAUCUGACCGGCCCCGCCACCGGUCUCAGAGCAUCGACAGGUACUUAGGAGACAAAGUAGAGCACAGGCUCAAUGCCGAUACGUCAGUAAAUGAGAAUCUUGAUCCCAGAACCCAGCGCAUUGAAAAGUCCAUCAUGGACGAGCUUCAGCAGAGAGGACGAGCCAGAGACAAGACAAGCAGGGACAACGUGUUAAGAAGGAGCCACAGUAUAGAUGCGUACCCUGACCCGUCCCCUUCGACGCUUUCCCGCCAGUCGAGCCAAAUCAGCCACACAAGCCAGCUUUCUCGCCAGUCUAGCUUUGAGCACACUAUUGUUGCGCAGUCCUUUCCCUUGACCCAACGCAAGCUCCUGCAGGAUCCAGACUCCGGUCAGUACUUCUUUGUAGAGAUGCCUUUACAAGUCAAGACAAAAACCUUCUUUGAUCCUGAAACAGGAAACUAUGUGCAGCUGCCAGUUCAGCCGCCAGAUGGGGCUGUUCCUCAGGUGUCCCCCUUGGAGGUUUUGACCCAACCUCUGGUUGUUUACCACAGCUUUGUCCCUGUCCCCCUGUCUCCCAUGGCUCACAAAGGUGGCAUACAAGUAGCUCACAUGGAGCCAAGGUUGAGGCAAAUGCAAUGUGAGGGACAUCCUUAUCUAGAGCCUGUCUACGGCCAACACGACCACAUGUUAGGGGAGUUUCUAGGCACUGAGGAGCUGGACUGUCUGAGCUGAUACAGAAUGGUGGCUGAAAGGAAAUAUCCAUCCUGAGUUUAGGCUUUUUUACAAAUACCUAUUUAAUUUUGAACAGCGUUGAAGUGUUUCAGGGGGGUUUUAAGCAUCUGGGGCCUCAUUUAUAAAACCUUGCGUAGGAUUUGCGCCAGAAGUGACGUACGAAUGAAACAUAGGACGUGCGUACGCACAGAAAUACUCAGACUUAUAAAACCGUGCGCAUGCACGUCCUACGCAGUUUUCCCUUAAUAAAUCACAAUCACUUCUAAAUGCAGUGCAGCUUUUGCGGCUUCAUGUCACGCCCAUAGUUUCCAAUAUAUAGUCUGUGGAACGCCCACAAAUUAAUAUUCAUUGAUUGCGGAAUCAUGGCAAACACUGACAGGAAAACGAAGAAAUGUACUUCACUCAGCCACAUCUUCUAAGAGCGCAAGAUCAGCCAUUUUGCGUCAUUACGCAUUGUGAUGGUAUCAUGGCAUUUUAUUACCGUCCAUUUGAUUGCAUCUGACAAGCAACAGCUGUGUUUUGAGGAUGAAUUGCAUAACAUGCCAAUAUUAUUGCAGAACAUAUUUCACUUCCACUGCCAUCGCCGAAGUGUGUUGGAAAGGGGACACCGGAGCUGUCCCCUCUUGAUGAGACUGGCGGCAAUGAUUGGGGAUCGGGGACAGGGCCAACAUCGGCGUCAGGGGGGUCGAGGCACUGCCCUUAACCAGGCCGAUGGUGCGCUGCACUACAGCGCGAAUCCUUCCAUUUGCCACGUUUUCUAAGAGCGCAAGAUCAGCCAUUUCGCGUCAUUGCGCAUUGUGAUGGCAUCAUGGCAUUUUAUUCCAUUUGAUUGCAUCUGACAAGCAACAGCUGUGUUUUGAGGAUGAAUUGCAUAACAUGCCAA